UCAACAAAGCCUCUCUCUCUCUCUCUCUCUUCAGUACGCCAUCUGAUUCAGACAUAUCUGAAACCCCAUAACUCAUAAUAAAGCUUACUCUUUUUCAUUGUCUCUUUUACUCUACAAAGUUCUUGUUCUUUACCCAAAAAAGCAGGAUGGUCGACGUUGGACGGAGAAUGACCGGUCUCCGGCCAGCACACGCGGCGGGUCUCCGCCGUCUCUCUGCUCGUGCCGCCGCACCAACGACCCCAACGGUCAGGAACGGUCUCGUCUCUUUCUCAUCUCUCGCCGACCAAGUUAUCUCACACUUGCACACUUCGAGGAUCCAAGUCCAACUAGGUCUAACCGACGCAGAAUUCGCCAGAGCCGAAGCUGAGUUCGCAUUCUCUUUCCCACCGGAUCUCCGCGCCGUCCUCUCCGCCGGUUUACCCGUCGGCGCCGGGUUUCCAGACUGGCGUUCUCCCGGAGCUCGUCUCCAUCUCCGAGCCAUGAUCGAUCUUCCGAUCGCCGCCGUGUCGUUUCAGAUCGCGAGAAACACUCUCUGGAGCAAAUCUUGGGGCCCGAGACCGUCUGACCCGGAAAAAGCCUUACGGGUCGCAAGAAACGCUCUCAAGAGAGCUCCUUUGUUGAUUCCCAUUUUCGAUCACUGCUUUAUCCCUUGUAGCCCGUCUUUAGCGGGUAACCCGGUUUUCUACAUCGACGAGACCCGGAUUUUCUGUUGCGGGUCGGAUCUAUCUGAUUUCUUCGAGCGUGAGUCUGUUUUCAGAGGAUCCGAUUUGUCUCCGGAUAUCCUCACUAAGCAGCUUUCGGUCAGCGAGAAGUCUGCCAGAUCGUCUUCGUCCUCGUCUAAUUAUUCAAGACUGAGCUUAGAUUCAGGUCGGGUUCGUGGGUCGGGUACACCGAGAUGGGUGGAGUUUUGGAGUGACGCGGCGGUGGAUCGUCGCCGGAGAAACUCGGCUUCUUCGUCACACUCUUCCUCGCCGGAGAGAAACUUAGAGCUACCUCGUUCAGAGACACCGAAAUGGGUCGACGAUUACGUGAACCGGAUCGGGUCGGUUUUAAGAGUAGGCGGGUGGAGCGAGUCCGACGUAGACGAUAUUGUCCACGUGUCGGCAUCUGGUUUCUUUGAAGAUGAGAUGGUGAUUUUAGACAACCAAGCGGUCCUUGAUGCAUUGCUUCUGAAAGCGGCUCGGUUCUCGGAGUCGCUCCGUAAAGCUGGAUGGAGCUCCGAAGAAGUGUCGGACGCACUUGGUUUUGAUUUUCGACCGGAGAAGGAGAAGAAACCGGUUAAGGAACUGUCUCCUGAUGUCGUCAAACGAAUCGGGAACCUUGCCGAGUCAGUUUCUCGGUCGUCAUAGUAAUUACCCGACGGAGAUUCUAUUCACCGUUUAUUAAUAAAAAUACAGCAAUAGUUUAACAUUUUCAAAAGGUUUUAAUAUAUGUAAUAUUGCUUUUUACCCCCUGUUUUAUUAUUAGACAAAAGAUGGGAGCGUGUUCGAUUUUUUUUUUCAAGAAAGUAAAACUAAACUAAAUAGAUUUCUGAUCCGAGAAUCAUUUCCGAGAAAUUUGUUGAUGCGGCCAUCAAACUAGUAGCUGAACCGGAAGUCGAUCCAAUCCCCUAUUCAAUCCGCUAAGACGCCAACCAGCACAUACAUGUACUAAAAAUGUCAUAUCUUACAAACCAAGAGGAUUUAAAUGACGAGGCUAAUAUUUAUGGAUUCUACACUCAAGAAGGAGUCCAGACCAAUUGGAAUUGGGCCAAAAUAUUCACGGAGAAAGAAGUUAUGAAUUUUAGAAGUCAGAUGUUUCUCAGCCCGUCCAUCUGCGAGUAUGCGACUUUAUAAGAAGAUUCGAGCCCAAUGAAGAAGCGGCCUGAAGCAAAGCCCAUCAUAUGAGUCAAUAGGAGUUUAUCAGCUUUCCAGAAAGCCCAAGAUCAGAAGAAAUGGCCACAAAAAUUAGGAGAUAUGAUCAAUUUCCCAAAACCGGCCAAACCAGCUCUACACUUGCCUUAUUUGGAAGAUCCGGGGUUCACAUCAAACCAACCUCAAGAAUGGCAACCAGGCGACCUUCUAAGUCAUUCAGAGGCACUUCACAACAUCCUAGGAAGCACCAUGCCACACUGGA